AUGAGCGUUGACAUUGCCUGGGAUCAGCUUGACUCGUCGCUGUCGAGCAAGAUCGUGGAUCAAUUGAAUAGGUCCUUCGCAAGCGUCACACGGCCAUCUUUCCUCGGACCGGUUGACAUCACCAGCUUUGCAUUUGGCGACGUGCAGCCUGAUGUGCAGCUUGUGGACAUCCGAGACAUCUACAGUGACUUUCUCGUCGAUUCCGACGAUGACAGUACAUCAGAUAGCGCUUCAGACGAGGGCGUCAACUCGUUCGAGAGGUCAGGCAGAUCUGAUUCUGGCAGAUUGUCACUGUCCCGCUCGGCACCCAGCGAGCGACCGGGACUCAUGUCCAGAGCAGCUUCGUCUGUAGCCGGCGGAGGUAUGGACAGAGGCUCCGUCAAGAGUGUCAUCACUCGACCUAUGCCCGGCUUCAGCAGAGGAGCGAGUCUGCUCAACGUUCAUCAUACGCCUUCAUCGCACGCGCAUCCGCAUGAGACGCAAGUACAUUCUCCGGGCGACCAAAGAGGAUACUUUGGGCCUCAGCUAGAAGCGCAUGCGCAUCGACCGAGUCCGCUGAUUGAUUCCCUAACCUGGUCUGACGAUGGCGAUGGACGUGACGACGAGAGCGUACGACACGCCUACGUGCCGCAAAGACGGCGAAGUACAUCUGACUAUCGGACCUCGCCAGAUAUGGACGAGCGAGACGUGCAGGAAGAAGAGACGGGCUCACCCCACACCUCGCUGCAGCUGCAUCUGCAAAUCACCUACUCGGGCAGCAUGCGCAUCUCGCUGACGACCUCGCUCCUCAUCAAUUACCCUUCACCCUUCUUCAUGUCGUUGCCGCUUUCGCUUAAAGUCACCGGGUUGGCUUUCUCCGGUGUCAUCGUACUCGCUUACGAGAGCUCAACCCGGACACGCUACAACUCGCGCGGACGGCGACGGCAGGCUCGCAAGCGGCUGCACAUCUCACUCCUCGACCCCACGCAUGACACUGCACCUGAUGCCUCGAUCAGCUCGAGCAGUGGUGGGCGAUUGCGCACCGAAAGCGUUCAAGCAUCCAGGAUCAGAGCGCGCCCUGGUGAGCGCUUACUGACCGAUCUCGUCGUGGAAUCAGAAGUGGGCGAAGCCUCCAAACAUACUUUGCGCAACGUGGCCAAAGUCGAAGCCUUUAUUCUCGAUGUCGCACGCAAGACGCUGGAAGACGAAUCCAGGUGGCUCCUCUUUGUAAGUUGGAGUACUCAAUUGUACAAGCGAGGUCGGCCGCAGCAACUGUCAGCCAAGAUGUCGAUGUACCCGUCGCUUGAAGGCCUGUCGGUGCCUAUCGUCAAGCGGGAAUCAACAUCGCCAUCGCGGGCGUCACAUAUGGCUGCAAGCUUAUCAGCAUCAUCCUUCGAUUCGGAUUCUGGCUCCUAUGACUCUCCGGCAGCGCACAGCCGAGAGCGACGAUCCUCGUCGUUCCUGUGCAAGUGGAUCGGUUGCAAUGACGACUUUGAUAGUCCAGAGACACUCUAUGCGCAUCUGUGUCACGAGCACGUCGGUCGAAAGUCAACAGGCAACUUGUCGCUCAAGUGCCACUGGCGGAUCAACGUCGCCGGAGACACCUGCGGAACGACAUGCAUCAAACGCGAUCACAUAACUUCUCACAUGCGAGUCCACACGCCGUUGAAGCCACACACUUGCUCGAUUUGCGAUAAGUCUUUCAAGCGUCCGCAAGAUCUCAAGAAGCACGAGAAGAUUCACACCGAACAACACCACCACUCGCACAAGCAGAGCAAAGCCGUCACACAGCCGGCACCGAUCUCAAACCCUGCUGCGACCUUGCCGGCGCCCGUCUAUACUGCGCCGCCUGUCUCGCUACAUAGCUCAGCGCCGCGCCAUCAGAGCUUAUCUGCCAGUCCCGAAGCCAGUCCUCGUCACUCGUCCAGGCAGCACCUGCAGCCGCACUUGCAGCCGCCGAGACAGCAAUUCGAUGUGAAGCCUGAUUAUGCUGCCUAUGUACAGCAAGCAUCGGUGCAACAGAUCUUGCUUCAUCAGCAGGCAAUGAACCAGGCGAGACUUCUCGGCUACCCGAUGACACAUCCGCCCCUCUAUCCUGCCUUACCGACGCCAGGCCCUACGCCCUACAUGCCCUAUCCGAGCGCAACGCCAAGUAACUGGCUGCAGACGCCUCCUGCACAGGUACCAGGAGCGACUCAAGAGCUCUCUCGUCCGGCUAAGCGCUCAAGUGACGCCCAUGAGUACGAACCUCCUCGCAAGUUUAGCACAGGCAGCAAACGCCCUUUUGACGUAGCCGCGGAUGAGCUCCUCGGCUCGCUCAGCCGUCGGCGUGUCAGCAGCUCCGACCCAUCCAUUCCGAGCAUCGACGAACAAUCGCUGGAUCGCUUAUCGGCAUUCAUCUUCGACCCUGCGUCUACGCAGCACGCGGGCAUACCUGACUUGGCUCCUGCUGGCGCGUUGACGGAUAGCUCUGGUUCUUCCGUCGCUUCGCCUCUUAGCGUACUAUCGGCUCACUCGCCAUCUCCAAACCCAUCGAUGAGCUAUACUUCGCCCGCGCUGAGCUACACUUCGCCCGCGUCAGAUGGACUCGAUACGCUUUCAGAUACUACCAAUUUGAGCAUGUCAAAAGAUGAUGUCGACAAUCUUAACUCGAUGCUCUUUUCACUGGGUCAGCAGUACGAAGGAUCGCUCUCGCAUGACCUUGCCUUCGAUCCUGCGCAUUUCUCGCACAGCGAAGCUCCGUGGGCGCCACAGACCACCGGCUUCGCGCCGCCGCUGUCGAACGCGGAACCGGCUCUCCCGGAUUACGGCGUGUAUCCUUCACUUCAGGCCUAUGAGACCACGCGGCUCGAGCGAUCAUACCCUGCUCCGCAAAUCGCGCCAGACCAUAUCCGCGAGCCUAGCUACAAGCGCAUCGAUCUACUCACUCGCGCGCCACCACUUUCGAUGGCACGACGGCAGGAUAGCUCGGGAUCGAGCAUAGCGUCUUCCGCAAAAGAUUCAUCGAUGCGCUCGACAUUCGAAGGCGAACGAUCCCGUUCGAGCUCGGUCAGCGAAGGAUCUGUCGAGCUUGCGCCCAUUAACCGCGGCGCGUCCCGUGCGCCGCUCCCUUCGCUCCAAUCUGUGCUCGAGGGGCAUGGCAAUGCGCAGCCUCUGGCAAGUGCCAGCUCGUCUGACUCGAGCCCAACUUCAGGCUCGCAGACGCCGCCCACAUCUUCUCAUAGCAGAGUCGAUCGAUUGAGCCAUGGUAUCCGGAAGAUUGCCGUUCGCUCACCGAGCUCUCGAUCUGAUUCACUCGACGUCGCUUCAGCCGCUUCUGACCCUGAGCAAGACCAAGAUUUUGCGAGUGAUAGCGAGGGCGACGCGGAGGCUGCUGCUGUUGCGGGUGCACGAGCGACGCAUCUACGCAAACGAACGCGUAAUGCCUCGCCGGAUCACAGGCUUGCGAUACACGAGCGCCGGCUCUUCGUCAUCAAGUCACUCAUGGUCCGAUUAAACGAGAUGUUCAGGCGGCAAAACGCCGCCGCCUAG